AUGACUUCGUAUAUUCAUCGAGACUCUCCCGUUUGCGUCAAAUCUGAAUUAGAUUUAUUUACCAUUCCUCCUACGCAAACAGCUAUAGAAAAAGGACAGUUUGUGGAAUAUCACCCUCUCGCAAAUAUACGAGAUGGAGGACCUAUCGAAUUUAAUAUUUCUGGCAGUGGUGAAGACUAUAUUGAUCUAGCUGCUUCUUAUAUACACGUGAAAGUUAAAGUAGUUAAGGCAGACGGAUCCAAUCUAACAGACAAAGAACCGGUUGCCCCUGUAAAUUUAUUUUUACAUUCUCUCUUUUCGCAAGUAGUAGAUGUAAGUUUAAAUGAAAGAAACAUUUCAUCUGCGACAAAUACCUAUCCCUAUAGAGCCUUCAUCGAAACAUUAUUGAAUUAUGGGGAAGAUGCAAAGAAAAGUUUACUCACCUGCGAAGGAUUUUUCCAAGACACUUCACCUAAUAAAAUAGAUGUCUUAGCUCAAGAUGCGGAUGCUGGACUAAAAGCUCGCGGUGAACUUAUAAAAAACAGUCAAAGUGUGGAUUUGAUAGGACAAUUACAUUUUUCUACUGAGAAAGAUGCCGAUUAUAAAGUGAUCUUGGAUCAUGCUUCUUUGUUUAUCAGAAAAGUAAAAGUAAACCCUGGAGUCUCUCUCGGACAUGUAAAAGCGUUGGAAAAAAGUUCUGCUAAAUACCCUAUAGAUCGAGUAUUAUGCAAAACAUAUUCAGUAUCUAAGGGAAGUUGGUCUUUUAUGCAAGAUAAUGUAUUUUUAGGAUUGAUGCCCAAGCGAGUCAUUAUUACUUGUGUAGAAAAUGCUGCAAUGAAUGGACAAUAUUCAAUGAAUCCCUUUUCUGUUUGCCCAUCAUCAUGUCAACUUUAUAUCGAUUUAUGUAGAUGGACAACCCGUUCCAUGUAA